UGUUCCUGAUCCCUGUGCCACCGCCAUGUCUCGGAGCCCCCCCAGCAGCUCUGUGGAUGACAAGGCCUUCCUCCUGGAGUACCGGUGCCACCCCGUGCGCCCGGAGCCCCCCAGCCCCACCAGGAGGCACAGCUCCACCACAGUGCCCGACGCCACCUCCCUGCUGGCGAUGGGCUCCCCCCCCGCGGCCGAGCCGCGCCGCAUCGUCCUCAGCACGGACAGCCCGGCCGCGCUGAAGGUGGGGACCCAGCAGCUCAUCCCCAAGAGCUUGGCCGUGUCCACCAGGACCAAGCAGAACCCGUCCCGGCUCCAGAGCUCUGCGGCGAGCCGGGAGCCGCUGAGCCCCGACCCGAAGGGGACGUCGGUCCCCAGCCUGUCCCUGGAGGCAGAGGAGGAGGAGGAUGGGGGGGGGGCCCUCAAGCGCAACCUGAGGAACAUGUCCUACCGCGCGGCCAUGAAGGAGCCGGGGCCACCAAACGCCGUCUCCUCACUGAAACCUGUGUCCGAGGAGGGCAGUGCCCUGCCUGCCCACAGCCCCGCCAGGAGCAAGAGAACCUUCGGGCGGAAGCGGGUGCAGAAGCGUGGCGGCUCCUUCAAGGACCAGCCCCGGCUGUACCAGGAAAUCCGGGAGAGGGGCCUGAACUCCGUGAGCCAUGAGUCAGACGAGGACUUGCUGGAGGAAUCCAUCCCAGAGGAGCCGUCCCCUGCGGGUGCUGCUAUCGUGGUGCAGAGCUAUCGCCCGGCACAAGUGACCUGGAGCCAGCUCCCGGAGGUGCUGGAAGCGGGCAUCCUGCAAUGGAUCUCCCCCGAGGAGCGCAAGCGGCAGGAGGCCAUGUUUGAGAUCAUCACUUCUGAGUACUCCUACAUGCACAGCCUGAGCGUCCUGGUGUGCCACUUCAUGAGGUCGGAGGAGCUGAAGGAGACCAUGACCCAGACAGAGCACCACCACCUCUUCUCCAACAUCAGCGACAUCCUGGCGGUCAGCACGAGGUUCUUCGAAGACCUGGAGAAGCGGUACCAGGAGCACCUCCUCAUUCCUGACAUCAGUGACAUCGUGGAGGAGCACGCCUCGAACCACUUCAGUCCCUACAUCAGCUACUGCUCCAACGAGGUCUACCAGCAGAGGACACUUCAGAGGCUGCUAGCCACAAACCCCUUAUUUAAAGAGACCUUGAAACAAAUCGAAAGGAAACCAGAAUGUGGAGGCCUGCCAAUGAUCUCAUUUCUCAUUCUCCCUAUGCAGAGGGUAACCCGGCUUCCUCUGCUGUUAGAUACUGUCUGUCAGAAAACAAAGGCGUGCACUGCAGCCUAUGGAGCUGCCACCAGAGCCCUGAAAGCCAUCAGCAAGCUGGUUAAGAACUGCAAUGAAGGCGCCCGUGCUAUGGAGAGGACGGAGCAGAUGUACACCCUGCAGAAACAGCUAGAAUUUGGGAAGAGGAAGCCAUUCCCACUGAUUUCCGCGUCCCGCUGGCUGCUGAAGCGGGGGGAGCUCUACCUGCUGCUCUCAGAAGAGGCCGGCAUCUUCCGCCGGGGCGCCGGCAAGCUCUGCUACCUCUUCUCGUUCAAUGAUGUCCUCAUCAUAACCAAGAAGAAGAGCGAGGAGAGCUACUCUGUCCUGAACUACGCCACGCUGGACCAGGUCACGGUGGAGAAGAUGGAGAACACGGAUCCACCUUCCCCUCCUCCCGGCAAGCCCGGGAGCGGCGGCACAGCCCGCGGCACGGCCGGGGGGUUCCUGCUCCGGGUGGUGAUGGAGAAGGACAGCGAGGGCCGGCGGGAGGAGAUCGUGCUGUCGGCAGAGACGCUGAGUGACCGUGCCCGGUGGAUCGCUGCGCUGAUGUACAGGGAAAAGGAGAAGCCGGACACAACUCCUAAAGGAGAUCUGAGCCAAGUGGAGAUAACGCAGCCCUACCUGGCUAAGCAGGCGGACGAGAUCUCCCUGCAGCAGGCGGACGUCGUCCUGGUGCUGGGGGGAGAGGACGGCUGGUGCUGGGGGGAGCGGCUCCGGGAUGGGGAGAGGGGCUGGUUCCCGCAGGCCUGCGCCCGGCGGAUCACCAGCCGCACGGCCGUGGAGUGCAACGUGCGCCGGAUGGAGCGGCUGCGCCUCGAGACAGACGUGUAGCUGCCAGCCCGGCAAAGGUGCCGCAGCGGGACUCGAUUCAGGGCUCUUCAAGGCCCUGUGGACUGAGCCCGGGGCGAAGGGAGCGGGGGAGCCUUCCUUCUUGGGCUCAUUUGUCUUGAGCAGCCACCAGCAGCAAUUCUGGUUGCUCAGGAGCGCUCUGGGUAGCGGCUGUGACAGCAGCGGAUGAAUGUGAGACCUGGCAGCCGGGCACUGCUGCCCAGCACUGAUAUUAAUGACCUGGAGCAGGCCUCAGGGGGCAGCCCAGGGCUUGGCUGGAGUUGAAAAGGCUGCGGCUGUGCUCGGGGCGCUGUGAAGGAGCUCGCGCUGCCCUCUCCAUCCCUGCUGACGCCUGGGCCGGUGCCCGCUGGCAGUGGCUGUGCACCUCGCAUGGGACGAGCUGGGGCCGAGGGAGCGCACCUGAACCCAGAAGCUUCAGGUCCUUAAAUCCACACCCUCAGCUAGUCCUUGACCUGGGCUUUUCUUUCUCAUGAUUCCCUAUUUUCUUCCUUCCCCCCCAUUUCCUUCGCAGUUAUUCUUGGCUCUGACCCUGCGGGGUGAGCAGUGCCACCCCCUCUCAGCCACUCACUGAACGAGCAGGCAGCAGAGGCUGGUGCAGUCAAGAGUUGUUCUCAGGGAGCCAGCUCUGGCCAGAAAUAGGAUGCUCCGGGCACUGGGAAGCAAUUUGCAAGCCCUGCUGUACGAGUGAGCCGGGAGCACAAGGGAGCGAUGCCAUAGAUCCCAGCUGAACCCGGGGGACUCAGUCCUGCAGGAGCGGGACGUGGUCACAGAGGGUUGAACCUCAGCCUUGCCAAGGCAGAGCAGUCCCCUCUGCUCCCCUUCUCCCCCAGAAUUAGCCCUGACACGUGGUUAAUGAAGUGGGCUGAGGCAGGGGGGUCUCUUGUCCCAGCUGGGCG